GCACCAUUGGCGCUACCCUGACAAACGUAAUCCACAGGUUGUCGCUAAAAUAAGACCUCAAGAAAUGAGCGAUGGAAAGAAAUUUUCGGAACAUUCUGAAAAAGAUGGUAGAUCCAAGAGGAACGCUAUCAUAGGCGAACACAAAGAACCGUCUACCUCUCCUACAACUUGCGCGAACCCUAAGGAGAUAAAUGAUCACGAAAAUAUCAAUAAAAAAAUAAAACACAAUUCUCCGGAUCAUGGCACGAAGACGGAGGGCGCAAUAUCACCCUCUGCCGAUCAUUCGCAACAAUCAAGGCACCACGAAAAAAAUGAUCCAAUUGACAAUAAACUCAAGAAGGAUAAUAUUACGCACCAUCCCGUAACUAUUUUGGAUUCCAACGCAAGAAUCGACAGCGAAUUAAAGAGCGGUGCUCCUAGCAAAGAUCACAAUAUCGGAAUGCCUAACAUCGAAUAUAGUGUGCUAAAGGGGGAAUCGAAGGAUGAUCCUGAUAAGAAGAUCAGUACUUUGGAAAGCAAGAUAAACUCCUUACUAGAACACCAAAAGCAUGUCGACAGAAUACUCAAGGCUUUGUAUAAGCAAAAUGUUUCCAUUGAUAAGGAUAUCAAGGAAGAGAUCAUACCCAUGAAACAGAUCAUAAUUCAAAGAAUCGACGAUCUCGAAAAGUCGCAAAGACUGCUACCUUUAAAACGAGUCGGUUCCGACGGGGUAGCGAAAAAAAGGAGUUCAUCCACCACAUAUUUGAUGGAACAAAAAGCUAAAAAAGAUGGCGUGAUUUCUAACAAAAGACGAUCGUCCAUGAAAACAGAUCCGCACGAAGAUAUCCUGUUGGUUCCGGCAAAAUCCGAAAGAAUUUUAUCUCGCAUUAAAUUAGCCCAUCAAAUUGAGAGCAAAGAUACCGGCUUUAAAGAAGACGUUAAUUGGGAUCAUAUCAUGAAAGAGAUAACCGUUAACAAGCUAAAAAGAUUGAGCAUAAAACAAGAUGUAACAAACAACACCAGUUCAAAUUGAUAUUACUUUAUAAUAUUUUUUAAAAUGAUUGAAUAUAUAAUUAUG